AGCAGUCUUGCGAUAUUCAUAGUUAGGUUAGGUUUUGUUCUGUGACUUACGACGUCUGAAGUGUCUGAAGUUUGAUUGAUUGUGCAUAUGCGUAAGUUUGUAUUCUUGUGUAAAUCAUGGUUUUAUCAGUUAAACAUUAUGAGUCAUGUGUCCGGUUGCUGGAAGUAGUUCGUUGGUUUGAUAAAAAUGGAUGAUUUGCUAGAUGAAUUUACGCCAUUAACCAUGACUGGAAUAUCACCAAGAUCAAGAAGAAAUGAUAUUUCUUUAUCACAAGUAUCAUCCAUUAGUCGCCUGUCACAAUCAUAUAUUAAAAGUAAGAAGAAAAGUGGGUGCAAGUCUAAAAGUAACAAUGGCAACAACUUGUGUCAUAGUAGUACAGCAGGUACUAUGACAACCACAGGAGACACAUACAAGAGCAGAGAUACACAUCUUCAGGCAAGUGCAGAUGGCGUACAGUUCUGCCCAAUUUGCCAAGCACCAUUUGACAUCAUAAAAGUUGAUCCAUGUGUGCAUGUAAAUCAAUGUAAUGUCACAUCUGAUGAGCUGGAAGAAUGCCCUAAGGGAGAAAUAUGUUACAAUUACAAUCUGUUACAUUAUCGAGAUUAUGCACACAAAGCCUUGGCACAGAUAAGAGCCUCAAAGGGUCAUCUGCCACAGGAACCUCCAUGGUGUACCACUCCAGAGACAGUAAAAAGGGUUGGAGGUGAGACUGAACAGUUUUUGCAGCCAUUUACUCCUCUGAGCAGUAAUAAGAAACUCAAGAGAACUUCCAGUGAUGUUGCUAGAGGGCAUCACUCAGCUCGCCAAAGGAGACUGUUUAUUGAUGAACAAGCAUAUGCUCCAGGAAGAGAUGAUACUGUAACUUCUCUGUCACAGAAAGGUGAUAAGAAAAAUGCCAAAACUGAGGUACAUAAGUGCAGUGUGAAUCAGAGUUACAAUGAAAAUGGAAGUAUAGAGACAGUGAAUCAUAUGACUGAAGAUCCAAAUUUAGAAGAGAGAAGUAACAAAGAUCUCGAGUUCUAUCGUGAGAAUCUGGAACCUGUAAUUGAGAUGCGUGGAUCUGAAGAAAGUAAGACCUCCAUAAUACCUGCUCUUGACUAUAAGUGCAAAAGAAGUGAACGGACGUGUGCUAAUAGUUACAGCUGUGAAUGUAAUCGCAAACUAAAGUUAGAUGGUGCUGUAGAAUAUGCAACUCAUAAAUUAGAUAAGCAGUGUGAUGAAAACAGAAAUGUCAGAACUGGCGUCUUACCUUACGAAGCAAAGUCAGAUCCGGGAUGUUUGCAUGAAGUAAGUGCUACCAUGUCUGUAGUUUUGCAGCCAUCAGAAGGGAAUUCAGUUGAUGGUGGAGAUAAAUUGAAGGCCCCAGUAAAAGUGGAUGCUAGCUGUGGGGAAGAAGGAUGGGAAACAGUAGGAAUUUCUGCAUUGCCAGAUGCAGAAGUUGGUGAUGUCAUGGUUUCCGUUUGUAAGUGUGCCAAGACCAUGCAUUUAAACUGCACACUUUCACAUAAACACACUGUAACAAACUUUUCAGGUGAAACAGAUACGAAGAGUAGGGAACUGGAAUCUAAAUUCUUUUCAAAUGUAAACAAACUGGAAUUACCUUACAAGAUGCGUCAGAAAGACACUCCUGGAAGCGCGAACCGUCAAAUGUCAAUAACAUCAUAUUUUCGAUUAUCACAUCUUUCAUCAUCGCGCUCUCUACACAUCCCAGCUGAAGGUUCCAGUAAGAAUGUUAAAAGUAGCAGCUCUUCCUUUGCAGUGCCUCAAGACUGUCAUUGCUUUGAACAAAAUAGCUCAAAUACAGCUGGGAAAGAAUGUCUGCAAAGCUCAUCAAAGCCACCAAAACAGAGUAAAGAAUCAGUUGCAGCAUACUGGAAGGAGCUUCUCAGUGAGAUGAAACAGAAAGGGCUGUCCACAAUGUCUGUGAUGAGUGAUGACACCAUGACAGUUGCAUCUGAUGGUUGCACCAGUGGCAGUAAUUCGUACUCAUUGCAGCAGUCCCAGGGAAAGAAGACUUGUCCAAGCUACAAAAGAAUUCCAGAAACAUCAUUUGUGGUGGAUGCAUUUCAGUACGGUAUUAUUCCCGGAAUAUCACAUUACUUUUUGUCACACUUCCAUUCAGAUCAUUAUGGAGGACUGAGAAAAUCUUUCUCAAAACCCAUCUACUGUAGCAAAAUAACAGCUGCAUUAGUAAAGAUGAAACUUCGUGUUGAUGAGAGAUACUUGCAUGUGCUAGAGCUGGAUAAUCCCCAAAAAAUUAAUGGUGUACUGGUCACAGCCUUAGAUGCCAAUCACUGUCCAGGUUCUGUCAUGUUCCUGUUUCAACUUCAGGAUGGCCGAAAUUUUCUUCAUGUUGGUGAUUUUCGAGCAGACCCUAAAAUGGAGUCGUACCCAUGCUUCUGGAAUUUAACAAUAGAUAAAUUGUAUCUUGAUACCACGUAUUGCGAGCCACAAUACAGUUUUCCGAUGCAGUCAGAAACAGUUGCAAGAGUGGUGGAACUGGCAGUAGAGCAUUGCAGGGUGGCACCUGCUACACUGUUUGUUUGUGGCACCUAUACUUUGGGGAAAGAGAAGGUGUUCUUGGGGAUUGUGGAAGCUUUGAAUUGCAAGCUAUGGGCCCAUCCUGAUAAACGUAAAGUGUUGGAAUGCAUUGAUGAUGAAAUCAUCAACAAGAGAUUGACAAAUAUGCAGUGGGAUGCCCAGGUUCAUGUGUGCCGCAUGUCUGAUCUAAAUAUCAGUUUUCUCCAAAGGUAUUGGAAACAGCACCGUGGAGUAUUCACGCAUAUCGUGGCAUUCCGUCCUACAGGUUGGGAGACGCGUUGUAAAAAUAAGACUUCUGAUGUCAAUGUAACCUCUAAUGGAAACAUAACAAUUUAUGGCAUACCAUACAGUGAACAUUCAAGUUUCACAGAGUUGAGGAGGUUUGUGCAGUUUUUGAAGCCAGCUGAAAUUAUACCAACAGUGAAUGUAGAACGCUCCGCAAAGAGAAAUGCUAUGAUGAAGUAUUUCAGACAGUGGUUAUCUGAACCAUCAGUACCAUCUUUGAAGCGAAAGAGGGAGGGAGACCAGUAUGUUCAGCAGAAAAUGACUUUGUAUUCAAGGUCUCCAAGAUUAGGAGACAGAUAACAGGUGAAGUAAAUAUGCCCUUACUCUGUGUGUAGGCAUGUAUACUGGACAUUGGUAUAAUAUUUCAGCUUUGCCAUCCUUCUUGCACAUAUUUUUCUUAGUUUUUUAUAUUAAAAUAUUUUGGGUAUGUCAUGGAAAUUGACCACAAAUAUCCAUGUAAAUAUCUAAUGUUAAAAAUUAUUCUUACUCAAAUUUUGGCAACUUGCUCGUUGUUACUGAAAUUUACUCUGUAACAUAGUACACAGAGUUACCAGCAGUGUUCUUUGAAAGUCAAUAUUAAACUUACAUAAAAACAGGAAUGAUAUACAAAUUAGUGAAGGUACCCAUAUCAAAUUUGUACAGAAUCUGGGAUGGUUUGUGGGAUACAUGUAAAAAGUUAGUUUAUGACCCUAUAUGAAUUUUUAUUAUGAAUUGGUAUGGCCUAAAAUCAGACUUGCCUAACAAUUUCUAGCCAAAUCUCGGAAUCUUUAAAACGUAUUAUUGGAUGCAUGGAAAAGUACAUUUAUGGCUAUAUGUAAACAAGACUUUAUUGUGGAUCAGUGUGGCUGAAAAUCACAGUUGCCCAAGAACUUGUAAUGGAAGCCUCCCAUGUCAAGUUUCAACAAAAUCUGUUUAUGAUCUUAUGGUGUAAACUCAGUAGGGCCGCGCCAUGGCUCAAGCAGUUUGUCACUGGCUUCCCACUGCAGCGGCCCGGGUUCAA